AUGUUAAAGUCCAUACGGCUGAUACAGUUGUUUUCCGGCUAUUACGAGCCCUCACAUGUUGUGGCCAUUUGUCUCAUAUUGUCUGAAAUAGGAUUAUCACCAAAACUGUUGAGUGUUUUCGGAAAUGGCACUAUCAUUGAGUACAUUGAGAGUCGACAUUUCAGUGCAAACGAUUACCUCAACCCCAAAACCGUUACAUUAUUAGCGCAAAAAUUGGCAAAAUUUCAUUCUUUACAAAUGCCUGUCCCUAAGGACAGCACCCACUACUCGACUACAAACAUAUUUGAGAAAUGGUUUGACCAGAAGCUUCGGGACUCAUACAGGACGGGCAUAAUCCGCAAACACAUAACCGCCCAAAACCUCGAGAUAUUCUCGAAACUAGAUUUCAUAGAAGAGGUGGAAUGGUAUCAAAGGACAGUCACUGAACUCCGGAGCCCUAUAGUGUUCUCACACAACGACUUCAAUCGCAGGAAUAUUCUGAUCCAAGAAUCGGACAAUAAUAACAGUACCGAUAACCCCGAUAUAUAUCUCAUAGACUUUGAUUGGAGUAAUUAUAACUACCGGGGCGUCGAUUUUGGGCAGUACUUCAGUAGGUGGGGUCAGACAGACACCGAGUUUGGUUCGGGUGACUUCCCGGCUGACACACAAAUGUAUGAUUUUAUUGAAGCAUAUAUUCAAGAGAUGACCAAAAUUUAUGGCAAAUCUUAUGCUCAAAAUGAGAUCAAUUCUCGCGAAAGACUUAUCAAAGAGUCCAAAGUUUUGGCACUUUUGGCGUAUAUUAAGGAUAUUCUCUAUUGCAUGGACAGUACGGACAGUCGUGAUAACCACGAAAUGCUCAUGAAAGGAGAGAUAAGGUUUCGGUGUUAUUAUGAUCUCAAGAAUCGCAUUCUCAAAGAGUAUCCGAAAAUCAAUAGGAUAUCACAUUUGAUUAACAAAUUUAAUAAUAAAUUGUAG